AAAAUAGGAAAAGUUGAAACCGAGUACAAAGAGUCCCGUCAUGUCGACGGAGGCCACCACCACCACCGUCUCCGCCGCCUCCAACCGCCGUUCAUACCGGUGCUACAACUGCAACCACGCUUUCCACAUCACCACCACCACCUCCGCCGCCAGAUCCUCCUUCCGCUGCCCUCGCUGCUUCCAUCGUCACCUCCUCCCUAAUUACACCAUUGCAACUUUUACUCCUCCUCCUCAACCUCCUAACUCCAAUUCUACCCCCCCAACCGCCGUCGCUACCAAUUCCAUUACUACUUUGUACUCUUCCGAUUCCGAUUCAGAUUGGACUGACAACAACUCCGAUGAUUUUUCCUUUGAGUUAACACAGUUCCGUUCACCGACUCUUAAAUCGUUCCUCAGCUCGCUCCCCAGCGUCAAAAUUAACGAAUUGUUAAAAAGCUGCUGUUGUUCGAUUUGUAUGGAGGAAUUCGAAGUUGAUUCGGAAGCGAGUGAAUUGCCUUGUAAGCACUUCUUUCAUAAUGACUGUAUUGUUCCUUGGCUUAAUCGGAGUAAUACGUGUCCACUUUGCCGGCAUAAGUUGCCGCGAGAAGAUCAAGAAGAAAUUGAUAGAGAAACUGAGGAGAAUCGCGUUGUUCUACAAUUCGUGCAUUCCUUAGAAUCGAGGGAAGUUGGUGAUGAUGAUGAUAAUUAUGAUGAUGAUGAUGUUGAGUUUAGGGGAUGGGAUCUUGAGGAAAUGCACGACGAAGAUGGUGAUACUUUGAUGGUUGAUGCAUGAUGAUAUCAAAGGAGGAACGUGUAUACCUGUAAAUAUUCUCUUUUUUGGGUAUGAUUUUAUCUAUAAUGGAAUUAUUAUAUCGUGAGAAA